AUGAGUGAUAAUCCUUAUGAAAUCAAUCUUGGGUCGCUUCCACCCACACGGGCCAGUUCGCCAUCGAUCAAGUACUGCCAGUUAUCAAUUAAGGAGACUGAAUCCGAGCUACAAACAGAUAUAUCGUACGGGUUAAAUAACAAUCAAGAUAUAUUGAAUAGAAGAUCGCUUCACGGAUCUAAUGAACUAAAUGGUGAGGAAGAAGAAAGUCUUUUCAAGAAGUUUUUAUCGAGUUUCUAUGGCGAUCCAUUAAUCUUGUUAUUAAUAGGUUCGGCUGCUAUCAGUUUCUGGAUGGGAAACGUCGAUGAUGCUAUUUCUAUCACGUUGGCCAUCACUAUUGUUGUCACUGUUGGAUUUGUACAAGAGUACAGGUCUGAGAAAUCAUUGGAGGCUUUGAAUAAAUUAGUUCCAGCGGAAGCAAAGUUAACGAGAAAUGGUAGUACAUCCACUGUUUUAGCAUCAACGUUGGUUCCGGGAGAUUUGGUUCAUUUUAGUCAAGGGGACAGAAUUCCAGCUGAUAUCAGAUUGACCGAAUGCACCUACUUGUCUAUUGACGAAAGUAAUUUAACCGGUGAAAAUAGCCCAGUUAGAAAGAACUCAAAAACCUUACAAAAUAACAAAAAUGAAUUAAUUCCUGUCACAGAGAGAACCUCGAUUGCGUAUAUGGGUACAUUGGUGAGAGAUGGACAUGGUUCAGGUAUUGUUGUAGCCACAGGACCAAAGACUGAAUUUGGUGCCGUAUUUGAGAUGAUGUCUGAAAUUGAAAAACCUAAGACUCCUUUACAACAAGCCAUGGAUAAAUUAGGUAAAGAUUUAUCUCUUUUCAGUUUUAUAGUAAUUGGUGUGAUUUGUUUGAUUGGAAUUUUUCAAGGUCGUUCUUGGUUGGAUAUGUUUCAAAUUUCUGUAUCAUUGGCUGUAGCAGCUAUUCCUGAAGGCUUACCUAUCAUUGUCACUGUUACAUUAGCUUUAGGUGUUUUAAGAAUGGCUCGUCAUAAGGCUAUUGUCAAGAGAUUACCAAGUGUCGAAACAUUAGGAAGUGUAAAUGUUAUUUGCUCUGAUAAGACUGGAACAUUAACCCAAAAUCAUAUGACCGUUACUAAAAUAUGGGCGCUUGAUUUUAAGGGCAGCUUCAAUAGUCCAUUCUUGGUCGUUGAAAAACUAGACGAUAACAGUUUACAUCACCAAUUAACUGAUAAUAUGCAUAAAAUUUUAGAAACUGGUAAUAUUUGUAAUAAUGCUAAAUACUCGAGUGAAAAUGAAAAAUAUGUUGGUAAUCCAAGUGAUAUUGCUCUCGUUGAAUGCUUGCCUCAUUUUGGUUUAGAAGAUUUGAGAGCUACCAAAGAGAAGGUUUAUGAAUUACCAUUUUCCUCUACUAGGAAGUACAUGGCAGUAUGCGUUCACACUGGUGAUAUGGACAAGUCUGAGACAUUCGCCAAAGGUGCUUCUGAAAGAAUUGUUUCACUUUGCUCAAAGUAUUAUGAUGAAAAUGGUGAUGCUAAGCCUUUGACAAAUGAAAUUAAGAAAUUAAUUUCGGACAAGUCAGAUGCUUUGGCAUCAGACGGUUUAAGAGUUUUGGGAUUAGCAAGAAACAAUUUAAAGUUUUCUAAUAGUGGUGAAGAAACUAGUGAACCAAAAAAUUUAAUAUUCUGUGGAUUAGUCGGUAUGAAGGAUCCACCAAGACCAAAUGUCGGAAAAUCUAUUUCUUUAUUAAUGAAAGGUAGAGUACAUGUUGUUAUGAUCACAGGGGACUCUGCAACCACAGCAAUCAAUAUUGCCAAACAAAUUGGAAUUCCAGUUUUGAACGAAAGUUCUGUUAUGACUGGUGAUCAAUUGGAUAAUUUGAAUGAAGAAAAAUUGGCUGAAGCAAUUCAUAAUAUUUCGGUCUUUGCAAGAACCACACCAGAACAUAAGGUUUUAAUCGUCAAGGCCCUUCAAAAGAGGGGUGACAUUGUUGCAAUGACAGGCGAUGGUGUUAAUGAUGCACCAGCCUUGAAGUUGGCAGAUAUUGGUAUUGCAAUGGGUAAAAACGGGACAGAUGUUGCUAAAGAAGCUGCUGACAUGGUGUUGACGGAUGAUGAUUUUUCCACAAUUUUGUCUGCAAUUGAAGAAGGCAAAGGUAUUUUUUAUAACAUUCAAAACUUUAUCACUUUCCAGUUAUCUACAUCUAUUGCGGCCUUGACAUUAAUUGCAUUAGCCACGUUCUUUGGAUUACCAAACCCUCUUAACGCCAUGCAAAUCUUGUGGAUUAACAUCUUGAUGGACGGUCCACCAGCCCAAUCCUUGGGUGUUGAGCCGGUGGAUCAUGAAGUCAUGAGUAAACCACCAAGAAAACGUAACGACAGAAUUUUGACCGAUAACGUCCUCAAGAGGGUUUUACAAUCAGCUGCUAUGAUUAUCGCUGGUACAUUGUACAUAUUCAUUAAGGAAAUGACCGACAAUGAAAUCACGGCCAGAGAUACCACUAUGACCUUCACGUGUUUUGUCUUAUUUGACAUGUUCAAUGCAUUAGCCUGCCGUCACUACUCCAAAUCUAUUUUCGAACUUGGUAUGAAGAAUCAGAUGUUCAAUUUCGCUGUUCUUGGUUCGUUGAUUGGGCAAUUCUGUGCAAUCUAUGUUCCAUUCUUCCAGACAAUCUUUCAAACUGAGGCUUUGUAUUUUAUUGACUUGGUCCAUCUUGUUUGUUUGACAAGUUCUGUUUUCUUCGCCGAUGAGGCUAGAAAGUACUUCCUCAAGCGGAGGAAUGCCUACGAUAAUGGCUUUCACUGCGGUGUUUAG